CGCGGCUCAUGUCUUCCUGCCAGUGGGAGGAGAUCAGCGGCGUGGAUGAGAAGUACAAGCCGAUCCGGACCUACCAGGUGUGCAACGUGAUGGAGCCCACGCAGCAGAACAACUGGCUGCAGACGGGCUGGGUGGCGCGCCGCGGCGGACAGCGCAUCUUCGUGGAGCUGCAGUUCACGCUGCGCGACUGCAACAGCAUCCCCGGCGUGGCCGGUACCUGCAAGGAGACGUUCAACCUGCUGUACGUGGAGUCGGACCGGGACCUCGGCGCCGUGACCCGGGAGGACCGCUACUCCAAGAUAGACACCAUCGCCGCCGACGAGAGCUUCACGCAGGGAGACCUGGGGGAGAGGAAGAUGAAGCUCAACACGGAGGUGCGGGAGAUCGGACACCUCAACCGGAAGGGCUUCCACCUGGCCUUCCAGGACGUGGGCGCGUGCGUCGCCCUGGUGGCCGUCCGCGUGUACUACAAGCGCUGCCUGGCCACGGUGCAGAACCUGGCUGUGUUCCCCGACACGGUGGCCGAGGCCGCCUUCGCCACGCUGGUGGAGGUCCGUGGCGGCUGCGUCAACAACUCGGAGGUGGACAGCGACAGCCCUCCCAGGAUGCAUUGCAGCGCCGAGGGGGAGUGGCUGGUGCCCAUCGGGAAGUGCAGCUGCAGCGCCGGCUACGAGGAGGGCCACAGCAGCUGUGAAGCCUGUCCGCCUGGAUCCUACAAGAUGUCGUCGCGGCAACAGGAGUGUUUUCCGUGUCCGGCCAACAGCGUGGCGGAUGAGGAAGGAUCGGUGGUGUGUGUGUGUGAGGAAGAUCACUUCAGGACUCCUCUGGACAGCCCCUCCACCCCCUGCACAACUCCGUCUCUGAUCAGCGAGCUGCGAGCGGAGAAGGUCGAGGAGAAGAGCGUCACGCUGGUGUGGAGGGAACCGCCGAACCCAAACAGCAGCCGCACCGAGUACGAGGUCAAGUACUACGAGAAGGACCAGAAGGACCAGAGUUAUUCCACGGUGAAGACGGCCGCCACUCGGAUCAUCGUCAACAACCUGAAACCUGGAACCACCUACGUCUUCCUCAUCCGUCCCUUCUUGACUCCUGCUCCGUCCUCGUCCUUGUCGUCUUCUGCUCUCUCAUCGACCUCUUCUACAUCUGCCUCCUCUUCCUCGUCUUCCUCCUCCUCCUCCUCUUCCGCUCCUCCUCCCAUUGACUACGGAGCGUUCAGCGCGCCGCUGGAGCUGCAGACUCUGGGCGAGUUAGCCCUGGCGUCCAGCGAACAGAACCCGGUGGUGAUCAUCGUCAUCGUGUCGGUGGCUGCGCUCAUCAUGCUGCUGUCCAUGGGGGCGGGGCUUCUCAUCUGGAGGAGACAGUGCGGCUACAGCAAAGCCUCCCAGGAGGGCGACGAGGAGCUCUACUUCCAGUUUAAGAUCCCGACUCGGCGGACCUACAUCGACCCGGAGACGUGUGAAGACCUGCUGCAGGCCGUCCACGCCUUCGCCAAGGAGCUGGACCAGCAGAGCAUCAAGAUAGAGAGGAUUGUCCACACAGGUGACUUUGGGGAGGUGUGCCGCGGCUGCCUGAAGCUGCCCAGUAAGCGGGAGCUGCCGGUCGCCAUCCGGACGCUGCGGGCCGGCUGCUCCGACAAGCAGCGCCGCUCCUUCCUGAGCGAGGCCGGCAUCCUGGGCCAGUUCGACCACGCCAACAUCAUCCGGCUGGAGGGCGUCAUCACCACCGGAAACACGAUGAUGAUCGUGGAGGAGAGCAUGACCAACGGAGCCUUGGACUCCUUCCUCAGGAAACACGAAGGCCAGCUGAGCGUCAUGCAGCUGAUGGACAUGCUGACCGGCGUGGCUUCAGGGAUGAAAUAUCUCACUGACAUGGGAUUCGUUCACAAACGGCUGGCAGCGCACAAGGUUCUGAUGAACUCCAACCUGACCUGCAAGGUGUCGGGCUUCAGGCCGCUUCAGGAGGAAAAGAUCGACUCCAUCUACACCACGCUGCACGGAGGGAAGAGCGUGGUUCUGUGGACCGCCCCGGAGGCCAUCCAGUACCGCCGCUUCUCCUCGGCCUCCGACGUCUGGAGCUUCGGCAUCGUCAUGUGGGAGGUCAUGUCCUACGGAGAGAGGCCCUACUGGGACAUGGGCACCCAGGAUGUCAUAAAGGCCAUCGAGGACGGCUUCAGGCUGCCGGCUCCGGUCAGCUGCCCCCCCCACCUGCACCAGCUGAUGCUGGACUGCUGGCAGAAGGAGCGGGCGGAGCGGCCCGGCUUCAGCCAGGUCCACUCGGCGCUCAGUAAGAGCGUCCGCUCUCCGGACGGGAUCGGCUCGUCCACGCUGGCGCGCAGGACGCUGAGCUCGUCCAUCUCCCUGGCCGAGCGGCCGCUGCCCUCCUUCCCGUCCUUCAGCUCGGUGGGAGAGUGGCUGGACGCCGUGGACAUGGGCCGCUACAAGGACAACUUCACCGCUGCAGGAUACUGCUACCUGGAGUCUGUGGCUCGCAUGACCGUACAAGACGUGCUGAGCCUGGGCGUCACCUCCCUGGACCACCAGAAGCUCAUCCUGGCCGCCAUCCAGACGCUGCGUGCGUGUGCAGGAGGAGAGGAGCGGGGAGCGUCCACCCUGGAGGACAGACCAGCAAAACCUGGACUCGUCUUCCAUUCCUUCAUCCCUUCUUCCUGUUUCCAAGAGGAGGCGAGCGGGCGACCCGAGGACCGCAGUGAUGUAAUGUGA